AUGUUACAAUGUACUAGCCACUUGCUGGCAUUAUGUAUCAAACUUUCGCGAAGGUCUUUUUUCGUCCCACAUGGGCGGCCGGCUGCCGGGGAUCACGAUGACGUGGCAUCAAAUCGUCCUUACAACGCUCAUGGGCACGUAAACGAGCGAGCCCCUGGCCGCACCACCCAUGGCAAUUCAAAGCCAGAAGCGCCAGGCCUGCAGGAUUUAGCCUUUGAUUACCGACACCCGUGGCAUUUUGCACGUCGCGACACUCCACGGCCCUGGAUUCUGUCACGCUUCUUUUCGUCUUUGUCCUUUGCUCCUCCGACUACAACGAGGCUCACCAUGUCCUCCACUGGGCUGGGCCUCUCCGACCCGUCUGCUGCCAGCGCCCAAGCUCGUCGAGCUAUGCUGGACCUCGUCAACCGGCUUCAAAACACCGGUGUCCAGCUCGACAUCGAUCUUCCUCGCAUCGCAGUCAUUGGCAACCAGAGCGCCGGGAAGUCGUCGCUCAUCGAGGCCAUCUCAGGAAUAUCGCUUCCGCGGGCCUCGGGGACAUGUACUCGGUGCCCCACCGAGUGCCGCCUCUCGCGCUCUGACGGCCCCUGGAAAUGCACCGUCGAGCUGCACCUCACCACGGACAAGAACGGGCUGCCAAUUGGCCAAGCCAAGAACAUCCCCUUUGGCGCACCCAUCCUCGAUAAAAAGGACGUAGAAGAGCGCAUUCGCCGCGCACAGCGCGCGAUCCUCAAUCCCAGUCAACCCGCAGAGUCCUUUCUUUCCGAUACAUCCGACGCCGACCCCGAGAUGCAUGAAGUCUCCUUCUCGAAAAACUUCAUCUCGUUGUCGAUUAGCGGCCGCGACCUUGCGGACCUGUCGUUCGUCGACUUGCCGGGUCUCAUCGCAAGCGUCAGCGAUAGUCGCGGAGGCAAGAAGGGCGAUAUUGCCAUGGUCGAAGGCUUGGUAACUUGGUAUAUUUCUAAACCCAGCUGCGUCAUUCUCCUCGCUGUCGCGUGUGAAACCGACUUUGAAAACCAACGGGCUCAUAACUUGACGAAAGAAUGGGAUCCCGAAGGCAAGCGCACCGUCGGUGUACUCACAAAGCCCGAUCGAAUCCCGCUGGGCGACGAAGGCAACUGGCUCCCGCUCAUCCGAAACGAGCGCGAAGCCCUAGUCAACAACUGGUUUUGCGUGAAGCAGCCGGCAAAGCCCGACCUGGACAAGGGGAUCACCUGGAAGGAGGCCCGGGAGAGCGAGGACAACUUCUUCGCGCUGACGCCGCCGUGGUCGACGCUGGACCCGCUUUACCAGAAGUAUCUCCGCACCCCCAAUCUUGUGGAACGACUGGGGUCUAUUUUGUCUGAUUUGAUCUCGAAGCGACUCCCCAAGAUUCAGGGAGAGCUGGAGCGCGCUAUCCAGCAGACCUACGCUAGCCUCCGCGAACUCCCGCGAGCUCCCUCAUCGGACCCCGUUGCGGAGGUGGCGGCGAUGCUGUCGUCGUUUGUCCAGGACCUCAACAACAUGGUGCUCGGUGUGGACAUGGGGGACGACAGCACGCCGGGGCUGAUCCAGAGCAUUCGUCCGGCGCAGGAGAAGUUUCGGAAGGCGAUCCAGGGAACGGCGCCAAACUUCAGUCCCCCUCAAACGAUCGAAGGAGACGCUAAGUGUGAUGACUCGGAUGACGACGAUGAUGAUGACUCGGACGAAGAUACGGAGGGAGAGUCGGUCGACUCGGAAGGUGAGGGUAGUAGUGUCGUAUCGGAGGUCGAACCCGAAGGAAGAACCAUCUACGUCGACGAAGUCGCGAAGCGCGCCAACGAGCAAGUGCCUUCGCCCGCGCGCGAGAGCUCCCUGGACACCACCCGUUCCUCGUGCAGGUGUCGUUCAUCAAGCAAUUCACGUCGAAGUGGGGACAGCCCGCGCACGAGCUGUGCGACACGAUCAGCACGAUCGUCGGCGACCACAUCAAAGCCCUCGCCGCGGACCGGUUCGCGGCAUUCGGCCAGGGGGGACUCGGGAGCCGGAUCACGCACGUGUGGUUUCACUGCCCCGAAUACCUUGUCGCUCAUCCCCCCGCCACAGCGUGCUCAUGCAGCAGCAUCUCACGCAGCGCACGGACGCCGCGCACGCGCUCAUCGGCAAGUUCAUCGAGCUGGAGAUGCCGGCGCCGAUGACGCUCAACGCGCAUUACCUGGCGGACUACAAGGCGAAGUACCUGGGGCGCUACCGCGCGAGCAGGCGGGCAACAGCGAAUUCGCGGCGCUGAUACGCGGGCAUCGCGCGCAAGCGCCGGAGGCGCCGCCCGGGCCGGCCAGGCCCAAGCCCAAGGGCGCCGGCCUCGACUUCGUGGUCCCCGGGCCGAAGCCCACGAUAAGCAGCGUUCUCGGCCAACUGGCGUCCCUGGGCCUGCCCGGGGUCGCCGCCGCCGACCUCGCGAAACUGCUCCCGUCGGACAAGAUGGAGCCGGCGCUCGAAAUCAUGGCGGACGUGCGCGCGUACUUCCAAGUUGCUUACAAACGGGUGUCGGACAACGUCCCCUUGGCGAUCGACCACGAGCUCGUGCGCGGGGCCCGGCAGGGACGUGCUCCCGCUGCUCUACGCCGGCCUCGGGAUCGGCGGCGCGGCGGGGGCGCGCAUCUGCAGCGAGCUGGCGCAGGAGAGCCGCAGCGUGGCGAACAGACGCGCGGCGCUGGGAACGAAGCUGGAGCGCCUCGAGGUCGCACGCAAGGAGUUGGUCAAAAUAGAGAUGUGAUCGAGAGGACAAGUCGGCACUCCUGA